AACAAGUCUGAACGAAACAGAACACAAUAAGGAGGCGUGACUCCGUGGCCACUGGGUUCCAAGUGUCCUCGAGUUUCCCAAAUCUUCCACAGAGGUUGGAGGAGGCUAGCUACUGUUUCUACCUUAUCCCUGUGCUUGUUCUCAGCCUUCUUCUUCUCCUUCUUCUUCUUCUUCUUCUUCUUCUUCUUCCUUUUGCUCUGUUACCUGUCUACUCUUGGGUUGUCAUGGCUCUCGCUGCCGGUCUGUUUCUGCUGCCUGCUCAACUAAAGCAGCACAGCUGUUGUCCGGAUCUUAGAAGGGGUCCCUUGUUAGUCUUCGGCAAGCCGAGAGAAAGACGAAGGCGAUCCAUAGCUCCGGUUGCGAGACUAUUUGGGCCGGCAAUAUUCGAGGCUUCCAAGCUGAAGGUACUGUUCUUGGGGGUGGACGAGGAGAAGCACCCGGGGAAGCUACCCAGGACCUACACCCUCACCCACAGCGAUGUCACCUCCAAGAUCACUCUUGCCGUCUCCAACACCAUCAAUCGUGCUCAGCUACAGGGAUGGUACAACCGGCUGCAGCGGGACGAGGUGGUGGCCGAGUGGAAGAAGGUCCAGGGAAAGAUGUCCCUUCACGUCCACUGCCACAUUAGCGGCGGCCACUUCCUCCUCGACCUCAUCGCCAACCUCCGAUACUACAUCUUCUGCAAGGAACUCCCAGUGGUACUGAAGGCGUUUGUUCAUGGCGACGAGACGCUGUUCAACAGUUACCCGGAGCUGGAGGAGGCGAUGGUGUGGGUCUACUUCCACUCGAGCCUCCCCGAGUUCAACCGGGUCGAGUGUUGGGGGCCGCUCCGGGAUGCGACCUCGAGGGGGCGUGGCAAGGCCGGGGACGCGUCGUCCUCCUCCUCCUCGGGAUCGCCGAUGGACCGGCCGCGGCAAUGCCAGGUGGAAUGCGACUGCUGCUUUCCUCCACAGAGUUUGAUCCCCUGGCCACACGAUCUCGAAGAAGAGUACCAGGAAUCCGCUGGCCAACUGCAACAGUAGGAAGGCACGAAGCAGUCUAAUCAUACAACACAGAUUGCAGAAACCGAUAUCCUAGUUCUUUGGAUUGAAGAUUAUUUGCAUGAACUGUACUACAGACAGUUGCAGAGCAUGCUGGAGGGAAGGCUUAUGAAUAGUAAUCUGUAAAUACAUUAUCUUAACGCGUGUAGAAAGCUUUAAUCGACCA